AUGCCCUCCCUUACCACCUCCGCGGCCCGUACGGCCAUGCGAGCCUCCCCCUCUUCGGCCCGCCUCUCCCAGAUGCGGUCCCACCUCAGCACCAACGCCACUUCUCCCAUGGCCAGGAAUAAAGAGGUCGGCGAAGCAUACAUCCUCUCGGCCGCGCGGACACCCACCGCCAAGUUUAACGGCAGCUUCAUGAGCCUCUCCGCGCCUCAGCUGGGUGCCGUGGCCAUCAAAUCCGCAAUCGAGAAGUCCAAGGUACCCAUCGCAAAGAUCACCGAUGUAUACAUGGGCAACGUCCUUGCAGCAGGCAUGGGCCAAGCGCCGGCCCGACAAGCCAGCAUAUUCGCAGGCCUACCACCAAGCGUGGAAGCCGUGACGAUCAACAAGGUCUGCGCGUCAGGUCUGAAGGCGGUGGCCAUCGCGGCCCAAAAUAUCCAACUAGGACUCGCAGAAGCGCAGGUCGCAGGCGGCAUGGAGAGCAUGUCCCGCGUCCCUUAUUAUCUGCCUAGAGCGGCGCAGAACCCUGCGUUCGGCCAUAUGCAAUUCAAGGACGGCCUCAUCGAGGACGGACUCUGGGACGUAUACAACCAAUUCCACAUGGGCAACUGCGCCGAAAACACGGCCAAGAAGUUCAAAAUCUCCAGAGAAGCGCAAGACGAAUACGCGAUCCGCAGCUUUGAGCGCGCUCAGAAGGCCUGGGCGGAGGGGAAAUUCAAGGAUGAGAUCGUGCCCGUCACCGUCAAGGGCAAGAAAGGCGACACCAUCAUCUCCGAGGAUGAAGGGUAUACCAACCUCAGGAAAGACAAGGUCGCGUCAUUAAAACCUGCGUUCGUGAAAGGUCCGGACGGCAGCGUCACGGCGGCGAACUCAUCCACGUUCAACGACGGCGCAAGUGCAUUGGUGCUUGGGUCGAAGGCCAUCGCGCAAGAAUACGGCCAAGGAAGUCGUGUGCUCGCGCGAAUUAUUAGUUCUGCAGAUGCCGCGACCGACCCUAUUGAUUUCACCAUUGCCCCUUCCAAGGCCGUGCCCAUUGCGCUGGAAAGAGCGGGAUUGAAACAGGAGGAUAUCGCGAUCUGGGAGUUCAACGAGGCCUUUGCCGCCGUCAUCAAGGCCAACGAGCAGAUUCUCGGCCUUGAAAACGCAAACGUGAACCUUCUCGGUGGAGCCAUCUCUCUCGGCCACGCCCUUGGCAGCUCCGGCUCCCGCAUCCUCACCACUUUACUGCACCAAUUGAAACCAGGCGAGUACGGCUGCGCGGCUAUCUGCAACGGCGGCGGCGCUGCCACGGCCAUGAUCGUGCAAAGAAUCGAGAGGGUGGAAUGA